AUGGAGGCAGGUGGCGAUGCCCGGCGGUCGGCUGCGGUGCAGCGAAUGCUGAGUAAAAGGCAGUAUGUUAAAGAAUGCAAGUUCAAAAUAGCCCAGUACUCAUCUUCCAUAAUGCAGGAUACGAACGAGAAUAUCGGUCGUCUCAGUGAUUUAACAAGAAUGGCAACAGAUCCUCUUUUUUUGAAGUCGAGUUCGUUGCGUCAGCUAUUAGUUGCGUCGUUAUGUGUCGUAUUUAAGGAUAUUCUUCCGACUUAUAAGAUACGUCCACCUACUGAGCAGGAACUGAAGCAAAGGACAAAGGGAGGCGAAAGCUCCCAAAGAGCCUCCACAUUUAUUCUCUACCUAAGUGGACUAAGGUAUCCUCCCGAGUUGGUUUGUGCACUUAAGUGUGCCUGCUCGUUGUUUGAGAAUAAUCCUCUUUUCAACUUUGCCAGUGAUCUUUUGGGCGCUUUCCUGCCAUACUUGCAAAAGGGAAGCUCAUCUGUUCGGCAGGUUGUGUUCAAGAGUUUAAAAGCCACUUUUGCCUCAGACUCGACAGGGGAGGCAACUCUUCUGGUUUGUCGUGGUGUCCAUAGAUUAGCGCGCAAAGUGAAUUACCGUAUCCGACCCGAUGUGGCUAGCGCUAUCGCCAACAUUGCGAUUAAGGAAGUUUCGGAUCCAUCCAUUGACAACAAGGCGGCUCGCAGGAACAGAAAACUUGCUUCUCGAAGGGAGCGAAAGAAGGACAAGAUAUUGGCCAAGUUCGAAAAAGACCAAGCUGAAAGCAAGGCGUCAAAAUCGCAUGAGGAAAGACUGCGAAUAAAUACGGAAAUUUUGAAGGAGAUAUUAUUCGUCUACUUCAAAGUUCUGAAGACUACCAAGGACUCAGACCUACUCUCAGCCGUACUGGCUGGCCUUUCUACAUAUGCUCACGUAAUCAAUGUGGAGUAUGUGGAAAACUUACUUCAAUUGAUGAGUAACUUUGUCUCUAAUCCGAAGACGAGCUUGCAAGAUGGUUUAAACAGCGUGCACACCGCUCUCACUAUCUUCAACACCUCUUCAGCAGCCUCUGUGUUGAGGGUCGACCCAACACGUUUCUACAACCACCUCUAUGCUCUGCUAGGUUGUAUGGCAGGUGUCUGCAACAGACAGAUUGGCAGUCCUGCCUCUGGCACUGUUGGCAGCAGCAGUAAUCUCCUGCAAUACUCCUGGGCUCGAACCCCCGCAGCUUUAGCAGCCGAGACUCUGGUGCAACGGGAGCGCCUCUUAGCUGGCGGCGGUGAACGUGACGAAGGGAAUGGAUCAGUGCGUUCGAUCGGUGCCGCCGAAGUGGAGGGCUUUACCGAUGUCAUUCUCGCCUGCUUGGACAUGCUCCUUGUUUCGCGUCGGAGGGAGGUUUCAGCCACUCGAGUACUGGCGUUUGUCAAGAGACUUGCCUCUCUUACUCUCGUUGUGGCCGACACAGCCUGCCUGGCCUCAAUGCUUGUGAGUCUGUGGAAGUUCUUCAGCCUCUUCUCCAAGUGUGAAGUGCUCUUCGACUCCGACACCGAAAUUGGCGGUCCCUACGAUCCCGAGGCUAACGAUCCCGAGUUGGCUCGUCCUGCCAGCGCUGCGUUGUGGGAGCUUCACGCUCUUCGAACCCACGAGUCACCCCUGAUCCAGAAGAUAAUCGCACUUAUGUUGAAGUGGGUACGCCAGACAGUAAAAGACGGAGCACCGAGACCAACAAACGAGGUGAUAGCAGCCCCGGACCAUACGCUAGAGUCCCUUUCGGCCAUGCAUCCAGCGGAGAGGCGUCUCGUUUUGGCUCGCGCUGAAGCCGCCUGUCUCUCCAAACCCACAACGACUGCAGCAAGGCGCGCCUCCACCAGCAAAGGAUACGUCAAACAGAUCUCUCCGUGGCUGAGAGAACUUAUGGCCAAGCACGAUGUUGCAGCCCCCGGAAGUGGUGAUAGGGGCUUUCACAAACUGAGGCGUGAGAUUCUCUGGCGCCUAUUUGUACAGAUCUGGAGGACUGAUGAUUGUUUAGUCUUCGUGGGUGUUCUUCUGGAAGCCGGUGGUGUGCCAUUCUUUUACAUCGGUACGGUCUCUCACGGCUUUGUCGAAGACUUGUCGGCACACAUCGUCUGCAGCGCCAAGCGAACUCUUAGUUGGUUAAAUCUACCGAGACUCACUACAGGAGGAUUUGAGAGACGUCCGAUGUUGGCAACUUCCUACAAACGGGUUCUCUUAUCGUAA